GCAUUUGUCAAACUUAUUAUUAAACAUAAUUUACAUGAGAUAUCACUUGAUGUGUAUGAAUAUACACAUGAGGUUGUACCUUUAGUGGUACUGUGUUGGUUACCAUGGCUUGCGUUAGGAUUCGUGUUGCAAAUUGGAAUUUUGUGUGAGGAAUAAACUUAUUUUAGGAUUACACGGUCUAUAUCCAUGGAAGGAUUAUUAGUUUGUGUGCUAGUAUCAAGUGCAGGUUGAUCUUUCCACGCAGGGCUUUAUUCCGUUGUAUAUAUUCAGUCCACUGAGGAGUCAAACCUUUGUAUCUGGAUCACAGAGUGCUGCUUCUACUGGAUGUAAUAUUAGUUGAUAUCCUUGGAUAUUGUAUCGCCUAUUCUGUGUAUUAUUCAGCAAUUGGUAACAGUAAUAUAGAGUGUUGGCUUCUGUCAGUUUUACUACAGUUCUAAGCUCUUGUGUUAUGUUUUCAAGAUUUAACCAUUUUUGGUUGUUUUAUACUCUCUGGGAGCACUGUAUCAAUCUAUGGUGGAUACCACUUUUGGAACUCUUGUUCCGUUAAAGCUGUUUUUUUUGGUAAAAACCAACCCGUGUAGCUAUAUCCUUUAAUGGUAGGCUACAGUGUUUUAAUUAUAUAAUAUGAUGGAUAGUGAAUCUGGUUCUGAGUCAAAGUACUACUUUGACGUCACUGAGAAGCAGUGGUGGGUACUGCCACCUGGCCACUCCGAGUGGGUGGUCCUGCCUCUUGACGACGCCAUUAAUUUGGGUUUACAUGAUGCUGUUUUGGAGAGUCAGUGCACCUUUGUGGAGUCCACUGUUGAUGAGUACAAGGCUGCAGUGUCCUCGGUUGAUGAGUCUACGUUGGAAGUCUCUGGCACAGAGUGCCCAGUUGAGUCGGUUGAUGAUCAAUGUGCAACGGUCCAAGACACUGCUGAGUCUUCUGCUAAUCAGUCGUUGCCAGAUACUGUAUAUGACGAUAUUAUAAAUCCUGAAUCUCUGCCAUCUAUUCAAUUUGGCAAAUCCCUGGAUUCAUUUUUGAUAGAGGGGUCAUGUUCACCUGACGACGAUUCAAGUCGUUCUGAGGUUCCUGACGGCGCUCCUCUUCGUUUUACUAAGACGCGUCUUGAUCUUGGUGAUAAUUUGCCUGAUACUUUAGUUCAUUCUCAAUCUGAUGGUAAGGAGUACCCUGUUAAUUGGGCCAACAUGGAUUCUAAUUCGUCGGUUACUAAUGACAGUAACGCUGAGAUGCCAGCGCAAAGCUUUAGUGUGGCGGAUCAGUUAAACAGUUUGAUUGAGGACAGUUCCAAUCGUCGUUCUAAUGUUGCGUCAUCACCUGAUGUGAUUAAGCACGAGUCAUUUGUUCGUACUGCUGUACGUCAGGCUACUAUGCGUCACGCGACUCGCAAUGAGACGGGUGGUCUUGGUGAUUACAUUCGUGAGGUUGCUGCGGAGCGUGAGCGUAUGCAGAAAGAGGCGGCAGCUCCUGCUACGGAAGUGCCGUCCGGCGGACGUUACGAGCGUAUGAAGGAGCGAGCUAGGACGUUGGCUGCGAUAUCUGUGACUCAUGAGGACAUUAGUGCUCGGAGCAUGACCUCUGGUGAACAUCGUCAAAGUAUACUGCGUGACCUUCGUAAUGACGUGAUUGGGAGUGAGAUUGACUCUAACCCUGAGGGUGUUGCUUUUGACGUAUCAUCUGAAUCUGAGGCAGAUUCUGAAUUGGUGCAGCAGGACAGUUUACAGCCCUUGAUGUCGCAGCGUGUGUCCUUUCGUCGUGGUACUACAUACUCUGGGUUUGAUCCCUCUGGGUGAUGUCACCGUUUCGUAUAUAUCGCAUGGCAGAAGGCUGGCUUAUGUUGCGUCCAUGUGUACAGCCACUUCGUUUCGCGGUGCUGCCAGGUCUGCUCUGUA